UGUUUCUGGGGACAUUGGGGGAGUUAUAAGGCAGCUGAUGCCUCUUUGUCAAAUCUCUGGGCACCAAAUCCAUCCUUACCGACAGAAAACAAAAACGAACGAUACGAAUUCACAAUGGCUCCCCAAAAACAGCCCGAACGUCUCAAGCACGUCGCCGAGAAGGCGACGUCCAACAACCCCUCGCAGCUCGGCGACCCCGUUUCCCUCAAGGCCGAGGUCUCGAACCUGUCGCCGACGGAAGACGACCUCGGCGCCGCCUCUUCCUCCUCCCCCUCCUCCAAGAAGCCGUCGUCGUCGACGACGAAGCAGGGCGCGGGCGGCGCCGCGGGGGCCAGGAACUCGGACGGCUCGCCCGUGGCGGGGCCCGAGAAGAAGCGGCUGAAGCAGGUCGCCGAGGAGAACAUGGAGGCCGGGAACCCGACGCAGCUCGGGGACCCGGUGAGCCUCAAGGCGGAGACGAGCGAGACGGAGCCCGGGGGCAGGGCGGACGGACAGAGGAGGGAGAAGUCGAAGCUCUGAGCGGGGUGUGUGUGGUUCUGGGUGCAUCUGCUGGUCGUUUGCUCCUCUGCUGGCGUGAAGGAUAUGAUUGUUUUUUUUUCCCUCUCCUUUUUCGUUUCGAGGCUUAAUACUAUUGUGUUUCAUCCAUCC